GUUUUAUCGUGAAUAAACGUAAGUGCUCCCCGAGCUCACCCGUCCGCUAGAGUAGCCUAGCACCGCCCUGUUCUGCCCCGUCCUGUCUUGUCUUGUACCCCCUCCCUCCCCGUCUUGCCCCAACGUCCCAGUAGUGGACGUUACACUACCUCACCAAUCGAUAUGGUGAGUUUGACGUCCAGAAAGCGAUUCUGGACCAAGACGCCAAGCGCCUCUUCCGGAGCUACCCUUCCCCGUCCCCGAGCUUCUACGGCGACCGCUGGCUAUUGAAGAUUAUGGACGCACCCGAGGACACCACGAUGUACACCAAGGCCGAGCGAGCAACUGCCUCUGUCGUCUUUGCCCGCAUUUUGAUGAACCGCUGCAUUGGAUCGGAGGGUAAAUAUCGAAUUACCCGCAACAAAUUGAAGACUUAUUACGAUGCCGUCGAAAAUGCCGCCAAACUCGGGGACACUGUCGCGGUGUAUAUACUGGGCAUCGGAUAUCUGAGUCGAUACGGCCUCUCGGUUAUAUACUCGGACAAUGUUGUCGAGGAGAAGGCGAUUCCCAGACUCGAGAAUGCGAGUGCCGCCGGGUAUCCGUUUGCCACCGCCCUUCUCGCUACGAUCUACCGACGCAAGUGGCUCUACCAUCGAGGCAAUCGAAAGGAAAUGAAGUUCUGGAGGCUCCUAUUCAACGCCCAGUGGACACAGAGUGCUGAACACUGGGCGUCCGUCCGCAGGUUCUACAGAAGGGAGGUCGUCACUCACACAUCCGUCAUCAGCAUUCCCCAAGCCAUCGUCGACCUCAUCGCCCACAACGUCAAGUGCUUCAGGGAUCACCCGGAUUUCAAGCCUCUGAGUGGUAGGGAGAGCAGACGUUUGUACAAAUGGUACCGGGCGAACGACUUUUACGAGGCCGAAUUUGAAAAAGACGAAUACUCCAUGUCGGAUGAUGAAUUGGCGGAUUUCUGCAGUGAAUCGAUGGACAUUGACGAUGAUGGUGAUGUUUUUGUGCUGGAUGAUUCUGUUUCCAUUCCAUCCGAGCUCAAUGGUGCGAUCUUUGACUUGACUUCUGACUCUGAGGAUGAAUUGAUUGAAUAAAGACACUGCUUUGAUCCGUGUACAUGUACUCUGGGUGAUGGG